AUGUCAAAUCGACCUGAAAGUUCAAUAAGUAUGGAGUUCAGAGAAUUUUACUGUGUUGGAGAUACUCCCAAGAAAGAAGAGGAUCCAACUGAUAUAAAUUCUUCUAUAUUUAACGCGAAAUUAUUAUUUGAUAAAUCAACAAAGACUCUUUCUAUACAUCAGUUAGUAGCACAAGAAAUUUCAUUAGUUGCUGAUAUAGAAUCUCUCGAUAAUGACAUGCAAACUCUAGUUUAUGACAAUUAUACAAAAUUUUUGAACGCUUCAGAUUUAGUAAUUACCUUUGGAGACAAUAUCUCAGUACUAGAAUCCCAAGUUAGUGAUCUUAGUAAUACUCUUACAAAAGUUGCUUCACACAAUGAAAAUAUUUCAUCUGGUUUACACGAAAAUCGCGAAAAAAUUCAACGUUUAAUAGGUAUUCAACGCUUGUUAGAGCGUAUUAAGUUCAUUUCACGACUUCCAUCAAUCUUAAAAUCAAAUUUACAAAAGAAAAAUUUCAAUACUGCCGUCAAGAUAUGGAUUAAAGUCGAAAAGAUACUAAGAACACAACAAAGGUUUCCAUCAUUUUCACAAAUAUACGAAGAAUCAACAGAAAUCAUGAAAGAAAUUAAAAAUAAAAUUACAGAACAGAUGUUAACAUCAGAUAUCACAGUGGAAAACUCUGUAAAUGAUGGUGUAUUACUUGUUCAGCUAGGUACAUCGCUUAUUUUGAUAUGUUCCCAGUUAAUUCAUCAUCAAUUUUUAAUUGUUGACAAUGCAAUUGAUGAAAUCGAAUUAGAAGAUGAGCCAUUCACUGCUCUUUCACAUCUCAACGAAUCCAUCAUUGAUCACACCUCAAAAUUCAUAACACUUUAUAAAUAUAAUUUAAUUCCACUUUCUCCUGACGAAGAAACUAAAACCAAAGCAGAAACAAUACUUACAGGCUUCGCCAAUAAGUUUUUCGAAAGAAUUUUGCCAAUUCUUCCUUCAGCAAAAUUAUCUGAUUUAGAUUCCAAGAAAUUGGCCGCUUACAUCAGAUUAUUCAUUGACUUAUUCAAUGUUGUUGUCAAUGAAUCAACAAUACAACAGAAUAUCCACAAAAUCAUCAAAAAUUACACGAAUCAAAGAGUCCAAAAAAUUUUUAAUUCCGCUUUUGAAAUUAUUGAGAAUGACGAUAGCUCUCAAUUAAUUGGUCACUUCACUUCUUCAUUCCUUAGUUCCAUUGACACUAUAGUUAAUGAAUUUGAGAUUUUGUCGAUGCUAGAACACAAAGAAUGCACACAAAUGUUAGUUCAAAAUUUCAGAUUACAAUUGUCAAAUUUUUCAGAAUCUGUCAAAAAUUGUCCACUAGAAAAAUCUCUUUUGGUUGCAAUUAUAUCGGAAAACAUGGCAAAUGAUAUGAUUGUCAAAAUUUUGGCGGUUUUGUCAAGAAUUGACAACGAUAUUCCUCAAUCUGUUUUGGCCAGAGAAUUGAGAACCACUUUUCUAUCGUCUUCAUUAGUAAACGUACAGAGAUUUAUCAAGUAUAAGAGAUUAGCCGUAGAACCAAUUGUAUUAACAUUUUAUGACUCAGAAAUCUUAGAAAGGAAGAAGACAACAAACGAAAUAUCGAAGAAAUCUCUGGAUUUAGUAAAAGAAAUAAAUGAAAUUUGGCAAACUUUGGAUAAUUUUUUGCCAAAAGUGACAGAAAAAAGUGGUUCCACAUCAUCUCACAUUUUAUACAACACUCCAAUACAACCAAACUUUGAUGGAGUGAGAGAUGAGACGUACAAUCACAUUGAUAGGUUGUUUACUUCAGUGAAUAGGUUGGGAUUAUCAAAAAGUGUUGGAUUGAACAAAAUUUCCAUCUUCAGUUCUAUUGUUAUUUAUACAAUGAAAACAAUACUUGAAAUUGUCAGAGAUUCUACAUUCACAUCUCCUGCAUUUAACCAAGUUCAAGUAGAUAUGUUUUACAUCUACAAGUCUUUCAACGAAAGAGUUGACAACCAAGAUUUGUUUUCUACAAUUAUUGAAGAAAUUGUCAAUUCUGCAGCAGAUAGAACAUUUAAUAUAGAACCGUUUGAACUAGCUGUCAUUAAAAAGAUUGUUGAAGAGCAGCCUUCAGUCUUAACUAAAUAA